CCAUUACACCGAGAAAACGAGUCCGUCACCUCCUCCAUCAGGCUGUCUCGAGAUCAGCAACAUACACAUUCUAGUUCAGCACGUCCUUGACAAGCAACGUGCCACUCUUCUCUGCUAACCACCAUUCAUAUGGCAUGUACUGCUUCUCCCCUUCGGGCAGUUCUAGCUUGAUUACCGAGGUGAAAAUCCAGCCUGCAUUAACAUUAUUAGCAUCCUUGCGUAUCUUUUCGUCGUCGUCUUGCCGUGUCCGGAUCUCUCCCCGAAGUGACCAGGUAAAGCAACGACAUCAACCCGUUGGCCGCGAUGCUCAGGAGUGGUGUAUGAUAAAAUCCGAUGUUGUUGUCUGUAAUUGGGAUCGAGGUGUUUGUCGUGGACAAAGACAAUUGCCCGGUUUGGAUGCUCGCGCUGAGGAUGUAAUCCCCUGUCGUGCCCCAGACGAACCAUCGCACCAUGCCACGCCAUACAAUCGCACUGGACGGCCCAAAAUCCAUCUAAGGGUGGGGAUCAUCCACAAGAUGAGACCAAGGCCUGCCUGCUCCGCUCCACCUCGUCGUCGACUCGGUGGACGAGAAUGAAAGUGUACAAUUUGCAAAGUUGUCGGCCCAGGACAACGACAAGCACUUUGAAGGAGGAGGCUAAAGUAGCCCGAGCCGAGCAAUGGGUAGCAGUCUGCGUCGUCGGUCAGAAUGGCAUAGCUUAUCUUCGUACUGAAAUAUACGCAGUUGGGGUUUCGCGGUAGCAAUGUCAGGAGGACGGACGUGCCGGCGAGCAGAUCGCGAACGGCGAGACGGAGCACGCUUAUGUCAGGAUUUAACGGGCCUCCGUGCGGUGGAACGAGGCGGACGAGGAGGAAGCCAUUGCGUGAGGUGAGAGGCACCACGCGGUCGAAAGGCCCGGCGGCGACGCCCUGGACAAGGGACUCGAGGGACCCGCAGGGAGAAGCCAUGGCCGACCGUGGCGACGGGAUGAAGACCGGGGAAGGCCGCCCCACGGCCACGGGCGUUACCGUCGGCCACAGAUCUUCUCAGUGGUUUGGGCGGAGCUCGACGAAGAACCCGAUGACAGAGGACGUGCGGCGGCCAGAGGCGGCGGAGGAAAGAGGGGUCGGCUGCGAGGCGGCUCCACCGCUUGCAGGCCGUGGCGCAGCGGAAGAGGCCGGCCACGUCCGCCGCGCCCACGCGCACGAGGAUCUCGAGCACGAGGUCGUCCGGGAGCCUUGCCGCUGCCUGAGGAUCUUCCAUCUUCUUCCCCAGGGACGAUGUGCCGAUCAAGCGUUUUCAGGAUAAUGCACGACCAGGCAGAGCAAUUUAAAACUAAAGUACACUGGCAAAAGAACCCGUGCAAUGCUGCGGAACAACGGAAAGUGUAUCAAGCAUGAGUCGAUGAAAACGAAGUCUGGACAUUGAUUUUUCGAUUGGAUUGAUUUCCAUACUGAGAUUGA